GGUCACACUCGCCUUCGGUCACAAAACAAAAUAUUCCGCGGAGGAGUGAAUUAAUCCGAAAAUAAUCGCCCGUGCCCAAAGCUCUGGAGGCCAAACACCAGGCACCCAGCCCCCGAGUUGGUCCGCAUCCCAAUCAAACCGUAGACGAGCCCGCCGCGAUCCUCGCCAGCCCGCAACGACGAACCAAGGAAAUCCUAUUGAUUUUGGGGCUGCAAUUGUGCAUUAAAUAUUAAGCGAAAAACGAGGGCUGGUCGCGUGGCAGCCAGUGGCAAAUUGUUGCUCCUGCGGCACAGGACACCCGGGGACACCAGGAUGCGGGCAAGCCAAGGAGGCGCCACCCCGAGGAUUGCUUAGCUGACCAGUUCGAGUCGAUUGGAUUGAGCGGAGGAGCAACACCCGCGGUCUGGGAACCAGAAAGCCCACUGGAAUCGCUUUUCUUUGGAGCGUGCGAGUGUGUGUGCCAAAGCGUAGCUAAAACAAAACCACAACAAUGGCCAACAGCAGUCGCAGUCGGGCCAUUUUGAGCGUUAAUCUCGAUGCGGUCAUGGCCAACGAUCCGCUGCGGGAGCUCUUCGAGGCCUGCAAGACGGGCGAGAUCGCCAAGGUGAAGAAGCUGAUCACGCCGCAGACCGUGAACGCCCGGGACACGGCGGGACGCAAGUCCACUCCACUGCAUUUCGCAGCGGGCUAUGGACGCCGGGAAGUGGUGGAAUUCCUGCUGAACAGCGGCGCCUCCAUCCAGGCCUGCGACGAAGGCGGCCUGCAUCCGCUGCACAACUGCUGCUCCUUUGGCCACGCCGAGGUGGUGCGAUUGCUGCUGAAGGCGGGUGCCAGUCCCAACACCACCGACAACUGGAACUACACGCCACUGCACGAGGCGGCCAGCAAGGGCAAGGUGGACGUGUGCCUGGCCCUGUUGCAGCAUGGCGCAAACCACACCAUAAGGAACUCGGAGCAGAAGACCCCCCUCGAACUGGCGGACGAGGCGACGCGGCCCGUCUUGACCGGCGAAUAUCGCAAGGAUGAGCUUCUAGAAGCUGCACGCUCAGGGGCCGAGGAUCGCCUGCUGGCCCUGCUGACGCCCUUGAAUGUCAACUGUCAUGCCAGCGAUGGACGUCGGUCCACACCGCUCCACCUUGCAGCCGGCUACAAUAGGAUCGGCAUCGUGGAGAUUCUGCUGGACAACGGGGCGGAUGUGCAUGCCAAGGACAAGGGCGGCCUGGUGCCGCUGCACAAUGCCUGCUCCUACGGACACUUCGAUGUGACCAAGCUGCUCAUCCAGGCGGGCGCCAAUGUGAACGCCAACGAUCUGUGGGCCUUCACGCCGCUCCACGAGGCCGCCUCCAAGAGCCGCGUCGAGGUCUGCAGCCUGCUGCUCAGUCGCGGAGCGGAUCCCACCCUGCUCAAUUGCCACAGCAAGUCGGCCAUUGAUGCUGCGCCCACCAGGGAGCUGAGGGAGCGCAUUGCCUUUGAGUACAAGGGCCACUGCCUGCUGGACGCCUGUCGAAAGUGCGACGUGUCCCGUGCCAAGAAGCUGGUCUGCGCCGAGAUUGUGAACUUUGUGCAUCCGUACACAGGGGACACUCCGCUCCACCUGGCAGUUGUCUGUCCGGAUGGCAAGCGCAAGCAGUUGAUCGAACUGCUGACCCGGAAAGGAGCUCUGUUAAAUGAGAAAAACAAGGCAUUCCUCACGCCACUGCACCUGGCCGCCGAACUGCUCCACUACGAUGCUAUGGAGGUGCUGCUGAAGCAGGGCGCCAAGGUCAAUGCCUUGGAUAGUCUAGGACAAACACCGCUUCACCGGUGUGCCCGUGAUGAGCAGGCGGUUCGUUUGCUGCUAUCUUACGCCGCAGAUACAAAUAUCGUUUCCCUCGAGGGACUUACAGCCGCGCAAUUGGCCUCUGACAAUGUGCUGAAGCUGCUCAAGAAUCCGCCGGACAGUGAGACCCAUUUGCUAGAGGCGGCCAAGGCCGGCGAUCUUGAUACUGUGCGCCGCAUAGUGCUCAACAAUCCGAUCUCAGUCAACUGCCGGGACUUGGAUGGACGACAUUCCACACCCUUGCACUUCGCUGCUGGGUUCAAUCGAGUGCCAGUGGUUCAGUUUCUUUUGGAGCACGGCGCCGAGGUUUAUGCUGCUGACAAGGGCGGACUAGUUCCCCUGCACAAUGCCUGCUCCUACGGACACUAUGAAGUUACCGAAUUGCUGGUAAAGCACGGAGCCAACGUUAAUGUUUCGGACUUGUGGAAGUUUACGCCUCUCCAUGAAGCCGCCGCCAAGGGAAAGUACGAUAUAUGCAAAUUGCUUUUAAAGCAUGGAGCUGAUCCCAUGAAGAAGAAUCGGGAUGGAGCCACGCCAGCGGAUUUGGUCAAGGAAUCCGAUCACGAUGUGGCUGAGCUGUUGCGAGGACCAUCUGCCCUGCUGGACGCAGCAAAGAAGGGGAACUUGGCACGGGUUCAGCGCUUGGUUACCGCAGAGUCGAUCAACUGCCGGGAUGCGCAGGGCAGGAACUCCACACCACUUCACCUGGCCGCAGGAUACAACAACUUCGAGUGUGCCGAGUAUCUUUUGGAGAACGGUGCGGAUGUUAAUGCCCAGGACAAAGGCGGUCUCAUACCCCUGCACAAUGCCAGCAGCUAUGGGCAUUUGGAUAUUGCAGCACUGCUGAUUAAGCACAAGACCGUGGUCAAUGCCACGGACAAAUGGGGAUUCACGCCGCUUCAUGAGGCUGCUCAGAAGGGACGCACUCAGCUGUGCUCGCUGCUAUUGGCCCACGGAGCCGAUGCCUACAUGAAGAACCAGGAGGGACAGACGCCCAUCGAGCUGGCCACGGCAGAUGAUGUGAAGUGCUUGCUGCAGGACGCGAUGGCCACCUCGUUGAGUCAGCAGGCGCUGAGUGCUUCCACGCAAUCGCUGACGAGCAGUUCCCCUGCGCCAGAUGCAGCUGCCGCGGGUGCAGGCACCUCCUCGUCGUCCUCUUCUGCGGUACUCUCGCCCACCACGGAAACGGUGCUGCUGCCCACCGGUGCCUCCAUGAUUCUCAGUGUUCCUGUACCACUUCCCAUGUCCAGCAGCACGCGGAUCAGUCCCGCCCAAGGAGCCGAGGCCAAUGGGGCUGAGGGUGCCUCCUCGGAUGAUCUGCUGCCGGACGCGGAUACCAUCACGAAUGUGUCUGGAUUCCUGUGCAGCCAGCAGCUGCAUCACCUUACCGAACUGUUCGAACGCGAGCAGAUCACCCUGGACAUUCUGGCCGAGAUGGGCCACGACGAUCUCAAGCAGGUGGGCGUCUCCGCCUACGGCUUCCGGCACAAGAUACUCAAGGGAAUUGCCCAGCUAAGGUCCACCACAGGCAUUGGUAACAACGUGAAUCUGUGCACUUUGUUGGUGGAUUUGCUGCCUGACGACAAGGAGUUUGUGGCGGUCGAGGAGGAGAUGCAGGCCACGAUUCGCGAGCAUCGGGAUAAUGGACAGGCUGGAGGUUAUUUUACUCGCUACAACAUAAUAAGGGUUCAAAAAGUACAGAACCGAAAGUUGUGGGAGCGUUACGCUCAUCGCCGCCAGGAGAUCGCCGAGGAGAACUUCCUGCAGUCCAACGAGCGGAUGCUCUUCCACGGCAGUCCAUUUAUCAAUGCGAUUGUGCAGCGCGGAUUUGAUGAGCGCCACGCCUACAUUGGUGGCAUGUUUGGGGCUGGCAUUUACUUCGCCGAGCAUAGCUCAAAGAGCAACCAGUAUGUGUAUGGAAUUGGCGGCGGCAUUGGGUGUCCCUCGCACAAGGAUAAGUCCUGCUACGUGUGUCCUAGACAACUGCUGCUGUGUCGAGUGGCUUUGGGCAAAUCCUUCUUACAGUACAGCGCCAUGAAAAUGGCUCACGCACCGCCAGGACACCACUCGGUGGUGGGAAGACCCUCGGCGGGCGGCCUGCAUUUCGCCGAAUACGUUGUCUAUCGGGGCGAACAGUCGUAUCCGGAGUACUUGAUAACCUACCAAAUCGUCAAGCCCGAUGACAGCAGUAGCGGGACGGAGGAUACGAGAUGAUGGAUGCCCUCUGUCGGGUCCACGCCCACAACCACAUCGCCAGCGCUGCACCAGCCGCACCCACAUCAUCAGCCGCCGCAGCAACAGCAGCAGCAGCAGACGCAACCACAACAACAGCAGCAGCAGAAGCCACCGCUGCCGUUGCCACCGCCACAACAGCAGACCUCAGCUCCAGUUGCCAAGAGGCGGCCCAAGCCGUCGCUGCAGUUGCAGUACCAGCACUAUCAGCCACAGCACCACCCGGUGGUUGCAUCCGCGCCCGCUGUGACCACCACCCAACCUGCCCCCGCUGGCGUCUUUGCGCACAGCAGCAAUAACAACAACAAUACGAGCAGCGGCAAUGUGAAUAAUAACAACAAUGACAUGUCGCCGGUGUCGAACAGCAAUAGUUACUCCUCCGUGGAUACCAACCAGACGCUGCUCAAUUCGCUGGCCAACCAGCAGCGCAACCAUCGACAUCAGCAGCAGCAGCAGCAGCAACACCAUCAUCAGCAGCUGCAGCAGGCGAAUCGCAGCCAAAAGUAUAGUCAAUUUAUGAUCAUCACACCCGCCGUUUCCAUAGAUCGCAACUUUGAGUACGAGUCGCAUUUGGAUUUCGAGGAUUUCGCCAAUGCGGCCCACAACAAUGGGAAUCUCUUUCGGCUGGGAUUGCGGCGGAGCGACAGCAGCAGCGACGACAGUGGCCACAGCAGCGACAGCAGCAGCUUCCGCUCGAACUACAACCCGUACUUGCACCACAGUCGCCAGCAUCUGCUGUCCAAAGGCGGAAACGGUGGUGGCGGCGGUGCAGGUCGUCACUUUUACGCCUUCACCUCGUCGUGGCGGUGGUGCAGUCUCCUGUGCGCCGCCAUGCGCUGCUUCGGAGCCGGUGGAGCCGGGCACGGGAAUGCGCCGUACAGCAGCUCGCUGCAGCAUCACCGACUAAGACGCUGCUCGUCGUACAACGCGGAGAACGCCUACGAGCACUUUGCGGCCCCCUUCAAGGCGCGAAAGACGCGCGACCACAUGAACAACAUCACCUACGAGUUGUGACGGUGGUACGACCUGCUGGUGGUUAUUGAUCUCUUUGUCUCCGUUGGCCUCCCGUCUAUUUUAUUACAAUUACUAGCUAUAGAUGUCGUGUCCUGUGUGUCUCUCUCUCUCUCGUUGUUUAUUAUAUUACUCUAUAAUAUAUCACGUAAGGGCGAGCUAGCGAGAUGGGUUCGGAUAGGAUCGGACUUGAGUCGAUUGGCUUGGCUUGGAUUGGGUUAAUCAAAAGCGGAAGCACAGUUUUUGAGUGAUUUUGAAUUCGAAAUACGGAAAAUGCGAUUAUACGAGGUUACAAGUUCUUUGUCGAUGAAUGCAUUACAUUACAUUACAUUGCGCUCGCGCGUUUAUUUAAGUGUUUAAGCUUAGUUAAUUUAAACAAUAAUUAAAACUCCAAUUAAAUUUAAAUAUACAAAUACAUAUACAUCAAACGGAAAACGAGUAUUGCUUCAA